AUCUGCUUCAGACCUGACUACGUAGUGUUGUAUUGACGUUCUGUUCAUUAGCAGUUUAGGAAGAUGGCUCGUACGAAGCAAACCGCACGUAAAUCCACCGGAGGAAAGGCUCCCCGAAAACAACUGGCGACCAAAGCGGCUCGCAAGAGCGCGCCUGCCACAGGUGGAGUAAAGAAGCCUCACCGUUACAGGCCUGGAACGGUCGCACUUCGUGAAAUCCGUCGCUAUCAAAAAAGCACAGAAUUGCUGAUUCGUAAACUGCCGUUCCAGCGUCUCGUCCGCGAGAUCGCUCAGGAUUUCAAAACUGACCUUCGUUUCCAAAGCUCGGCCGUUAUGGCAUUACAGGAGGCUAGCGAGGCUUAUCUUGUUGGUCUAUUCGAAGAUACUAAUCUCUGCGCUAUUCAUGCCAAGCGAGUGACCAUCAUGCCUAAAGAUAUUCAACUGGCACGUCGUAUUCGCGGAGAGCGAGCUUAAUU